CUGAACAAGUUUCUGAACCAUUCUCACACGAGCUUCCACAGCCAUGGCCGCUUCUCUUCAGCUACCCAUGGCUUCUUCCAUUCCGUCUUCGUCUUCGCCAUCCGCAACGCGCCCAAUCUUCAAGACCCACUGCUCCAUGAAGCCCACAUGCUCCGCCAAAAUCCCAAUGCCUCCUAUCAACCCUAAGGACCCCUUUCUCUCCAAGCUCGCUUCGGUGGCUGCGACUUCCCCCGAGAGGCUUCUUCAGCGCCCUUCGGGUUCCGAUUCUCUUCCCUUUCUUGACCUCUUCGACUCUCCCAAGCUCAUGGCCACGCCCGCCCAGGUGGAAAGAUCUGUCUCGUACAAUGAGCACAGGCCAAGGAGGCCUCCACCGGACUUGCCUUCCCUGCUUCUCCAUGGGAGAAUAGUUUACAUUGGCAUGCCAGUAAGUAGUUAAACACAAUAUUUCUCUCU